AUGGAUGAUGGUAUCAACAACAAUGUUGGUGUUGAAAAAAUUCCAUCACCCAUAAACUAUUCAUCUAAAGAUGAAUAUUACCAAGCACUUAAAAUAUGGUUUCGGAGAACAAAACAAAAUAUUCAUUUCGAAAAUAUCGUAACUACAAUGUCUGCAUUCUAUUGUAGGCCUAAAAUAGAUACUUCAUAUAAAAUAGAACCAAAAGUUCCAAUCAAAUCCCCUCAAAUUCUUCAGCUUUUAAAUAUCAUAAUUGAAGAUUCACCUAUUGAACAAAAUCAACAGUUUAACAAUAUGACCCGUCCACGCGAUCCUUUUAUUUCCGAGUUUUUACCAACUAAUUCUUGGAAUUCGUAUCAGCUAGAUGAAUUUCCUGAUCCAAAUAAUUUUGGCACUUACGAAUCAUAUAAAGAAUCUAUGAUAAAGUGGAUUUACUAUUUUAGUAAUAAGAUUCCUUCAGAGAAAAUUCCAUAUGAACCAAAAUAUUUCGCAGACAGUAUUGGCCUUCAAAAUUUCAAAAAAGAAAGAUUCGUGCAUAAAGAAUUGCAAAAAAUCGAGCCUUUAAAAGCACAAUAUGAUCGAUUUCCCAAAACUCCAGUAAAAUUCAAGGAUGUUUUGGUUUUACGAGAUUUAAAGCGCGGCUACAUGAAUCAGUACAAUCAGAUCGAGCUACCAUUUGCCUCAGCUUUCAUUUUAGAUUCUGAGAUGUAUGGAAUUGAUGAUUACAGCGCAUUUUACACCCCUCCGCCUAUAUCGAAGAGCUUAAGAAUGUCGGAAUCCAUUCAAAAAGUACGUUCAAUACCAAGAAAAUAUCCUUAUUUAUCUCUUCAGGAUUAUCAUGACCUUUUAAUUGCAUUUUUUAUAUUUUAUUUCUCAGACAAUGCAUCAGGAAUGUCAUUCAUCUUCAAUUCACCCUAUUCCAACUACGCAUUGAUAAAAGCCACGAAUAUGUUCUCAUAUAACGUUCCUUACGUCAAUUACUUCCCUCCAAUGUCCGAAAAGAGUGUCAAAGAUAGCUCAAAUGCCCUUAUUAUAAGCUUUACGAACGCAUUAUAUAAUAUGCAUUAUGUAAUCUGCGCAAAAGAGGUCCUUAGGCAGGCCAAACUAUCCGCUGAUAGCUAUAUUAUCAAAGAUGUCGUCGAUUUUGCCAAUGACUGCAUGUCUUAUUUUGAAAAAGAACAUUCUUCAAAAUUGGUCGAAUGGCUUCUCCAAGAUUUCGAUUUGAAAUAUGAUUGUGCUACUUCCAUUGUCAUAAUUAUUUUACUACAAAGAAAAUUUUUCCCGACUCUUUUCGAAAUUUUCGCUCAUUACAUCAUCCAUUUCAUUAAUGUCAUAUCAGGAUAUCCCCAUUGUGCCGACCGUUUUGUAUCUGCUAUCAUAAACUCCGUAGAAGUGAAGUUUAGUCUAGUAAUUGCGAUUAUAAAAUGCGAUAUCCCUUCUGGACUCACUUUUGCAUACAAUCCGCAAGCUCUUUCGAUGAUAGAAGUUGCAAUUAACUCAUGUACCGACAAAAAAGAGCUCGAGAAGAUGGAUUGUGAGUGGUUUACAACAAGAUUCAUACAAUGCGUGGUCAAUGUUGAUUCGGAGUAUGGUAUUCAGUUUGCCUAUAUAUCACUGGCACUAUCCAAACUCAUGAAAAGGAUGAUUGAAAGCAAAAUGACGAAACAAAGGAAAAAUGUUUUGAAAGAUAUCAUCUCUUAUUUGUCCACAAUGUGCGGAGAAGAGAUUAGAAACUCUUCAAUAAGAGCUAUGAUGCUGAAAAGUCUUUCAAACCUUGCUAUGACAAAAGAAUUUCAGGAUUUCGUAUUUUCUCAACGAGGAUCUCCAAUUGUUGAGCGAUAUAUCUCCGCGUCAUUGAACAAUGAUGAGGUUGCAUAUGGAGCUACAAUGAUUCUGAAGCGUGGUCUACGUGGAUUAAUGAAAGAUGACAGAUUUCAUGCGAAAUUGCGAAAUUUCUUUUCACCUUUCAUGAAAUUGUUAUCAUGCACUGGACCAGAAACAACGUCGUUGAUGCUCCGUAUCCUUGCUUUAGUUAUAAACGAGAAAUCUCCGAAAUUCAAACAAGAACAAAGAGCACAAGUCGAUGUUUUCAUGGUUUUGUCGACUUUGCCUCCUGAUCUGGCCCUUCUCUUCCAGAUAUUUGAUGAAGGAGGCUUCUGCACAAGGAAGGCAGCAGCAAUUGUUGUUAAAGGUGCUUGUAGCUCGAAAGCAAGAAAGAAUCGACACAUUUUCGAAGAAUCUCUAAAAGCGCAUCCUUCCUGUCACCCACUUGUUGCUAAGAUUGGUACAAAGCAGACAUCUGCAAUCAAGAGAACUGUUUCUUCUGGGUUUAAGAAGUAA